AUGAACACUGAAUGGGGUUUCGACGAAUUACUUUCCCUGGACACUUUGAAUGAUGCUUCUAAUGGGUAUUUGGUUGAUGAUUGUUGUGUAUUUGGCGCUGAGGUUUUCGUCCUAAAAUGUAAUGGCCAAGGUGAAUGUCGCUCAAUGAUGAAGGAUCCGAUGAACAACAUUUACACAUGGAAGGUUAACAAACUUUCCCCUGCAGGAAACAUCGUGUUUUCUGAUCAAUUUGUUGUCGGAGAGAACGCAUGGCAGAAACGUCACUUCGAGGCAGAACAAUAUGUAAGUGUGGGGGUGUGGAAAGACGUGCACCUAUUUUACUACUUCAUAGAGUCCGAGGGAAAUCCAAGAGAAGACCCUCUCCUUCUUUGGCUUACUGGACCUGGUUGCUCUGCUUUUUCUGGACUUGUUUAUGAAAUAGGACCCUUACGCUUCGACACAGAACAUUUUGAUGGGAAGUUUCCAAAUUUUAAGCUGAAUCUGUUUUCAUGGACAAAGGUCGCCAGCAUUAUAUUUUUAGACGCACCAGUCGGCACUGAAUUCUCCUAUGCUGAUAAUGCGGAGAGUUACGUUGUUGAUGACCUAUUAUCUACAACAAACAAUUGCAAUUUUCUUCUGAAGUGGCUGAUGAAUCACCCAAUAUUUUUGUCGAAUGAGCUGUAUAUUGCCGGUGAUUCGUAUUCUGGCAUAAUCGCUCCAAUCAUUGUUCAGAAAAUAUAUGACGGAAAUUCUGAGGUUGGAGUGCAGCCUCUACUUAAGCUCCAAGGAUACAUUAUUGGGAAUCCAGUAACAAGUCAGCACUACGAUAAGAAUGCAAGAAUUGAAUUUGCACAUCGACUCGCACUUUUAUCGGAUAAACUCUACGAGUGCCUCGCCAACCUCUACAUGGGACAAAUUCUGGAACCUAACUGUGCUUAUGCUUCAAGAAAUUCAAGUAAAUUGAAGUGGGAUAGAAGAUUUAUUGAAGCGGAACCAACAGAUUUCCUACUUCUACCAGUACUUCCUAAAUUCUGGUGCCGAACAUACAAUUAUAUUCCAUCUUAUAUUUGGGCAAAUGAUGAAAGGGUCAGACAAGCUCUUCACAUCCGAAAGGAAACAAAGGAAAAAUGGGCGAGGUGCAAUGAGUCCAUGGCCUAUACAGAAGUUGUCUUCAAUAGCCUCGAUUACCACCGAAACCUCAGCCAUACAACUCUUCGAGCUCUUAUUUACAGCGGGGAUCACGACAUGGCAGUUCCAUAUUUGGGAACCCACAAAUGGAUAGAGGCCUUGAAUUUAACUGUUGACGAGGAAUGGAGACCAUGGUUUGUUGAUGGCCAAAAUGGAGGGUACACAAUGAGUUGUGUAAGGAAAGGAUACCACCUGACGUUUGCAACUAUCAAGGCAAGAAAAAAAAAAUUUAAAUUGACAUCUGCAUCUAUUUCGAAAGGAGAACAUAAAUGCAUUUGAUUUUUAAUUGCUUAU